AUGCGUGCGCCGUUGCUCGCCAAGAGUGCUAAGCAUACUCUUCGGCUGCUAAAGCAUAAAUAUUUAAUUCGAAGGAUGCGUAUGCUCGAUGUCGAUAGUUUUUUCGGAAGUGUAUUGCGUUUAAAAAGAGCUUACCAGAUCAAAGACUCGAUCGCUUUCUUGCGGGAAUUUGCUAUGCAAGAACGGGAUGUCAAUGACUUGAAAAACUACUAUCGCACCUUUUCUCGAGUCUCCGAAAGGCUUACUUUAAUGCACCUUUUAAGCAAGACCGAACAAGGCCGCUUGUUCUUUUUCGGAUUGCUCGUCGGAAUCCGAAACAAGACGAUUAAGCAUUCUAUAAAUCGAGAAAAGUCUCUUUUAGCCAACUUCACUAAAGAUAUUCGGACCUUAGUCAAAGAACAUACGGAGCUAGCUAGCGUUCUUGAGUCUGCUAAGAAAGCUUUAGUAGUAAUACCGUUCACUCGUGAACCACGGUUCACGAGUGAAAAAAAAGAAAUUAAUAAGUCGCUAACUCAACUUCCCGACGCCUUAUUCAAUCCUAACUUCAAGUUCGAUUCGAAGACCGCGACGAAGCCUUUACUAAAUAUACCGCUUAAGAUGCUCGAAGUAAAGUCAGCCUCGAAAGAGGAGUUCAGAUUGCUGCUAUCGGCUACGGACUAUAAAGACGAAGAAAAAGAAGAAGUAGAGGAUACAGGAGCCAGAUGCAAGAUUGUAGCUUCUGCGAGAACUCCGAAGACACAACUCAAGCUCUUUAUCAAUACUAGGAUGAGUUAUCAGCCCGAUCAAAAUGUUCAGCAACUAACCAACCAGCCAAAAGAGCCUACUACUAUUCUUAAAAGACUAGUCGAUAUUAAAAAUAUCAAUGCUAUAAGAUGGAUCAACACGCUUAGCUACUCAUCUAGCAUAGAAGUUGCUUCGGUCGAGAUCAACGCCGCCGCAAAAGACAAAGCUAAGAAGCCUUUCUAG